AUGCCGAAAAAACCUAUAAAACGAGGCUACAAAAUUUGGACUUUGACUGACUCAUAUGCAUAUUUAUACGACUUUGAUAUUUAUACCGGUAAAACCGAUGACUACGUGGAACAUUCGUUAGGGGAAAAGGUAAUACUUAGACUUACCGAGGAUCUGCAACCAAAAAAUCACCUGCUUUUCUUCGACAACUUUUUCAACUCGUAUAUGUUAUUGAAAAUUCUCAAAGAACGGGGCAUUCAUGCAUGUGGUACAGUUCAGUCGAACAGAAAACAUCCUCCAAAAAUGACUGAAGAUAAACUUUUGAAGCAAGGUGAAUAUGAUUAUUCAAUAUGUUCUGAUGGGAUCAGUUUGAUUAAAUGGAAAGACAAAAAAGCAGUCAAUAUUUUGACCAAUUAUCAUGAUCCAACGGUAAAAAGCUCUGUGCAACGAAAACAAAAGAAAGGUAGUAAAAUCCCUGUUCCUUGUCCUAUAGCACUGGUGGACUACAAUAGUAACAUGAACUUUGUGGACCGUUUCGACCAAAUGAAAUCAUCUUAUGAUCUAGAUCGUAAAAGUAAAAAAUGGUGGAUGAGAAUUUUUUUCCAUUUCAUUGAUUGCUGCGUCGUUAAUUCGUUCACUCUCUAUCGACUAAGAGGUCUAAAAAGGUUACCCUUUCGUCGGAGAGUUGUUGAUGGGUUAUUGGCAGAACUAUACGUCCAAAUUAGUGCAGAUCAUGAAACGCAAUCGGAAGCUUCCAAGAAAAUAAAGAGUAGUACAAGAAGAAGUGUGUUUCACGUCAUCAGAUCAUCAGCCUGUAAAGAAUACAAGACGAAGAUGUGCCAGAUGUAG